CACUUGUCAAGAACUGGCAACUCUCAGUAUUUUUCUGAACGACUAAAGUGAAACUUAAAUUUUGUGCUGCGUUCUACAAUUAAUAUUUUACUUUCGCGUGGAAAACAAAGAAGUGUCGACCAGAAUGAAUUACUUGUCUGCCUGUCUGGAGGUGGCUUUGGAGGAUGGCAAGUACAUCGUGGGCUACAAGCAGUCGCUGAAGGCAUUGCGCGGGGGCAAGGCCAAGCUGGUGAUCCUGGCCAGCAACAUACCCAACGAUAUGAAGUCGCAGGUCGAGAAAUACGCCACUGAGACACAGACCCAGCUGAUGUGCUUCAGUGGCACCAAUUUUGAUCUGGGCAAUGCCAUUGGCAAGUACUUCAAUGUGGGCACAAUGGUCAUUACCGAUGCGAAGGUCUCGCAGGACGUUCUCCGCCUCUUGGCGGACACCAACGAAUAAUAUCAAAUAAAAAUGUAUUCAAUGUAAU